AUGUCGGUGCUCUUCGCGGCAUCCUUCAACAUCGUUUCCAGUGCAGUGGAGCUCAAUGGUGUUAUCGUCAGUAUCAUCUUGGUGAACAAGCAGAUUGCGUCAGUAUGUGGCUUCGACUUCAUCCUGACCAUGCUCUUCCUGAACUUCCUCACAACUGCGACUCUCCUUGAGGGUCUGGCGGCGCUUCGGUGGUUUGAGAAGAAACACUUGCCCACCCGAGAACGAUGGAUUGUUGCAGGAAUGGCCUUGAGCACGGUGCUGCUCAACAACUGCAGCAAUGAGGCCAAUAGCGUGGGCUUUUACCAGAUCACCAAGCUGCUGAUCAUCCCAACUGUCAUUGGUUUAGAGCGCUUGCAGGGGCGACGUGCAGUCUAUAGCCAGAAGGUGAUCCUCAGCAUCGUCGUGACCGGUGUUGGGGUCGCUCUGGCCACGGUGUCGGAUUUCGAAGUGAAUGUUCGAGGGAGCAUUCUAGCACUGAUGUCCAUCAUCAGCACGGCGCAAUACCAGAUUUGGCAGGGCUCCAAGCAGCACGAGCAUGGUGUGACUCCAACGCAAAUCACCUACUCCGUGGCCUGGCCUCAAUCCUGCGCAGGGUUGGUUUGUGCCCUGCUAGCAGAUGUGUGGCUGCCACAGGUGAAAGUGCUUUUCCUGAUGAGACCUUCCACCCUGCUGGAGCACAAGCUUUCGGGUCAAGGUGAUCUCUACUGGAUAGUCCUGUGCAAUCUGUUGGCAGUCUGCACCAAUAUUUCCGUCUAUGGACUGAUUGGGAAGACGUCUCCCAUCACCUACCAGGUCGUGGGUCAGCUGAAGACUGUGAUGGUCGUGGCCUUCGGCUAUAUCUUCUUUGAUGUGCGAGUGCCAUGGCAGUGGCUGCUCUUGCGCUUCACCGGCGUGGCCAUUGCCAUUGUGGGGGUGAUCAGUUAUGCAAUCAUCAAGAAUGCCGAAGCGAAGGAUAAAAAGACAUGA